AUGAGCAAACUAUGGAAUUAUCUGAUAUUUCAAGGAUGGAUGUCGUAUUUGAUGGCGGCCGGUUUACUGGUUUUCACAAGCGGAUUCCUGCUGAACCGCGUCACCAGGCCGGAACGCGCCGAAUGUAAAUAUUGCACGGAUUCUGACUGUAACAUCGAGCAACUUCUUCAGAAUCCCGAUGCUGCCGCGACCACAUGCCUCAGAAGAAAGUCGCGCGUUGUGUUGUUGGUCGUGGACGCUUUGAAAUACGAUUUCGCACGCUGGCACAAUGAUAAUAGUUCUACCUCAUCUUAUCAUCGCAACAAGCUGCCAAUAAUUCACGAAUUGCUGCAGAAUCAACCCAUGAAUUCGCGCUUGUACAAGUUCAUAGCUGAUCCGCCGACAACAACUAUGCAACGAUUGAAGGGUAUCACCACAGGGUCGUUGCCAACCUUCAUUGACGUUGGAUCUAACUUUGCUGCUGAAAGUAUCGAUGAAGAUAAUAUUGUUGAUCAGAACACUGCCAAAGGUAUAGUUUUCAUGGGCGAUGACACUUGGACUAACUUAUUCCCGGGUAAAUUUAAACGUCAGUUUCCGUCGCCGUCUUUCAAUGUCUGGGAUCUGGACAGUGUAGAUAAAGAUGUUAGAUACCGUAUAUUUUUUGAGAUGAAGAAGAAAGACUGGUCUCUCCUUAUAGCCCAUGUUCUUGGAAUUGAUCAUUGUGGACAUAAACAUGGGGCUAAUCAUCCUGAAAUGGCCAGAAAGUUAAAUGACACAAAUACUCUUAUAAAAGAGAUCAUUGAAUCUUUGGAAGAAGAUAUAGUACUUUUUGUCAUUGGUGAUCAUGGAAUGACAGAGAGUGGUGAUCAUGGUGGUGACAGCAAGAAUGAAAUCGAAGCUGCCAUAUUUGUUUAUUCUAUGGUUCCUCUCGUAAAAUACAACUCACCUAGCAAUACCAUGAAUCAGAUUGAUCUUGUUCCAACAUUGGCAUCGAUUCUUGGGACACCUAUACCAUUUUCAAAUUUGGGAUCUGUUAGGCUUGACUUAAUUCCAAGUUCAGCAAGAAAUGGAAAAUUAGAAGAUGAUUUAUGGUAUUUGUUAUAUUCAGUAUGGAGAAAUGUUGCACAAACAAAAAAAUAUUUAAAUAUAUAUUCUGCUGAUACUUACUUGUUUUCCAAAGAACAGCUUCAGAACUUGGAAAAUAUUUAUAAUUAUUUAUUUGACCAAACUAAGAGUAUUACUACUAUUGAAGAAUUUGAAUCUUUCAUUGCAAAUAGUCAGAAUUACUUUAAAUUGCUCAAAGAUGCAUGUUCCGAAGUUUGGGUUCAAUUUGAUUCUAGUCUAAUGUCAAAAGGUUUACUUUUGAUGUUUUGUGCUUUGUUUUUCUUUUAUCUAUUUAUCACAGGCAUUCCAGAAAGUCGUAUGUCUAAGAUAUUCCAAUCGUCGUUUUUACAAUUUUCUGUUUUAGCAAAUUUAAUUACUGCAUUGACAAUGUGUAUUUUGUUUUUCUUUGAUAUUUUAGAAGAAUUCAAAAACACUACAUUGUUUACCACUGGUGCAGUGUCUAUAGUAUUAUUAGUAGUAUUAAUUGCUAAAAAUUGGGAUGUAAUCUCAUUAAGUUGGUACGAUUGUAGAAAAAUAAAAAAAUUGAUCUAUAUUACAAGAGUAAUACUUCUUUUAACAAUAUGCAGUCUUUUUUCUAAUAGCUAUAUUGUUGAAGAAGAUCGUACAUUAUCUUUUUUAAUUAUUACACUUUUUUGGCUUCUUAUGUUUAAUCUUAGAAGAAAAGAUACUAAUGAAAGUCUAGAAAGAAAAACAAAGCUAUUUUUAAAACAACAGACAAAAUCGAACUUGAAGAUAAUUAUAAUAAUCAUUGGCUUGAUAGCAUGCAUUUCCAUAAGAUUAUCCUAUUACUUCUGGCAUUGUAGAGAAGAACACCAACAACGUGUAUGCUCUAUGUUUGUAAUUAACAAAACAAGUUCCAUAACAUCGGACAACCUAGAACGUAUUUUACUUGCCAUUACUUUGAUUAUACUUGCAUUGUAUAUUACAAUAAUAAGACUGUGGUUACAAAAUUGUGGAAACCUUUCUGGUUUCUCUCCUAGUGUUUUAGUAGGCCAAUAUUGUCCUGUUGUGAUAGGCGUUUGUAUGGGUUGUUAUUGGGUCCUUCAAAGGUUACCAAAAUUUGUGAAAGUAAAAUUUGCAUUAUCUUGGCAAGUAAACACAUUGCCUAAUAUAGUAUAUGCAUUGAGUCUGUUUGCAAUCCUUAUACUGUACUAUCGUCCGCUCAGUAUAUUUCUAUUACCAAAGAAAAAAGAAUCAAUUAAUAUAUACCAAGAUGAAAAUGUAGUACCUCGAUUAUUUGAGAAAAUAAAAGAGUCAAUUUAUCAGAAAAAUGUAGAUGUAGAUCAAACACCAAUUGUUUAUGGCUUGGGUACUGCAUAUAGUGCCGCAUUUGUCUCAUUAAGUGUAUUUCUUGUGUUAUUAUACUCUUUAUUGUUAGGGGAUAUAUUAUCAUCUAGUACUUUCUUAAUGUUUAUAUGUUGUGCCUCUGUUUUGGGCUUAUUGGCAAUAGAAAGAUGCAAACAUGCUAAUAAUAUAUCUGAACUUGUAGAAGUACCUACUCCUAUAUUGUUGUGUUGGUUCUUAAUAGCAGAAUAUUUCUUUUAUGGAACCGGACAUCAACCAACUUUUCCUACUAUUCAUUGGGAUGCAGCUUUUGUGGGAACAGGUGGACAUUUCUAUGGGAAUUUAUUACCAGCAAUCUUAAUAGGAAUAAACACAUUUGGAUCACACAUUAUAUUAGGUGCAACAUUGCCAUUAUUAGUUAUUGUACCAUUUACUUUUUACCUUGUAUUUCCAAAGUUAGCUAAAGUAAAGUUUUCGGAAGACGACAUGAAAAGAGGAGAAUUGCUUUUAUUUGAACAAGAUUCUGUAUUUCAUGCUGCAAUAUUCUCAGUUGCAGGAAAAUAUAUAUUACUUCAUGGAAUCAGAACAUUCGGCAGUAUGCUUGCUGCGACGAUUCACUGUCGACAUUUAAUGAUUUGGAAGAUCUUCGCCCCGAAAUUAAUAUUUGAAGGCUUGGGAUUAUUAGUAACGUUAAGUAGCGUACUAGCGUCAUUUUAUAUGGUAUUCAGAAUUGAUCAGCAAAUGGAACAUCUUAUAUCCAGAGUGACAAAAAGCAGAUGA